CCGGUGUAAUGCACACCAACAACAUCCUCCCGCUUUUUUUUUUUUUUUUUUUUGCACACAUUAAAUACAAGCUGGCAUUACCAGCUCCGUAUGCAUAGAGGAGGGAGGGCAAGCAGCUCUGCUGAAUCUGUGCAGCUCUGAUUGCACAAACGCAAGAAGAAGGUUGCUCUCUCCGUAGACGGAGUUAAAUGGAGCUUCAAGCAAGACCUGGAGGUCCUUAUAGGAGCUCCCUGAUUCGUCUCCGGCUUAUCUUACGUGGCUCUGCCUUUUGAAACUCUGGAACGGCAGAUCUUAAAGAACUGACCUUUAUGAGAUUUUUUUUUUUUCUCACUUCUACUGGGGUACAGUUUAAAUGUCUUACCCAUUGUCUGUCCUUAUCAGGACAGAAUGGACACGUUCUUUGAAUCAGGUUGACCACCUCUCACCUCGUCCCCUCCUUCCUGUCUUUUCAGCAGAAGGAGGGUGGGGGAUUAGUCCCCUGCCGCUCCUUGCAGGUUAGACUAGUGUUCUUUUGCAACGUAGUUGUUUCUUUUUAGAUUUUUUGUCCUGACAGCUUCAAUCCCUCCAUAGUUCCUAUAUGAAAUCCUGCCAGAGCCUAAAGGAGGAGGUUUCCAUCCCAAGCCUUGUCGGGAUGUCACAGGAGGAGGCACGUAGAGUGCCCGUGUCUCAGUCCUAUUUUCACUCUUCUAACCCGGACUUGGAUUUGACGGGAAAGGUUCACAGGAGGGAGGUGGGUGGAAAACCUUAUUCUGUGUUGGUCGACAACAAAAUGUCAGCCAAGACGUCUGUGGCUGAUCCGAACGUGGGUCAGAUGACUCCACAGCAGCAUCAGCAGUACUUCAGAGAGGGAGCGCAGGAGGUGGGCUCACAGGAGUCUGAAACAGGUGACCAGGGAUCCUCUGAUGACACCGAGGUGGAUGAAGAUGAGGAGGAGGAGGGGGAAGAGGGUUACAAACGUGAGCAGAUCAUUGUAGAGGUCAAUCUGAACAACCAGACUCUUCAUGUGUCCAAGGGGGACAACAAAACUGGAACUGCGGCGGACGACUCGGACAGAGGAGGCAGCGAUGAUGAUGAUGAAGAGGAGGACGAAGAGGAGGAGGAUGAAGACGAGGAUAGCCAUGAUGAGGAAGAAGAGGAAGAUGAAGAGGAACAAGUGAUCGAGAAUCAAAGAACGAGGUCAGGAAGAACAAGGCAGAGUACUACGGCUGGCAGGCAGCCAAAGAGGAAAAGCCUCAGAACGGCUCUGAGCGCCGCCACAGCCGGAAUGACCACCAGAGGGCGUAGGAAACGCAUGGAGCCGCCAAAGAGCAAUCGCCGGUCAGUCAGGUCUGCUCCCUCCUCAGCAGGUACGGAAACGACCAAAGGAAAGGCAGAGAUGGAAGACGAGAAAGAGAUGCUGGCAUGCGAGAAGUGCCCCAGGGUUUUCAACACGCGCUGGUACCUGGAGAAGCACAUGAACGUCACACACAGGCGGAUGCAGAUCUGCGACAAGUGUGGCAAGAAGUUUGUCCUGGAGAGCGAACUGGCAUUGCAUCAGCAGACGGAUUGUGAGAAGAACAUCCAGUGUGUCUCCUGUAACAAGUCUUUUAAGAAGCUGUGGUCACUUCAUGAGCACAUUAAGAUUGUUCAUGGCUACGCCGAGAAGAAAUUCUCAUGUGAAAUUUGUGAGAAGAAGUUUUAUACAAUGGCUCAUGUCCGGAAGCACAUGGUUGCUCACACUAAAGACAUGCCUUUCACCUGUGAGACUUGUGGGAAGUCAUUUAAACGAAGCAUGUCAUUAAAGGUUCACUCGCUCCAGCACUCCGGAGAGAAACCCUUCCGCUGUGAGCACUGCGAUGAACGGUUCCAGUACAAGUACCAGCUGCGCUCUCAUAUGAGCAUUCACAUCGGACACAAGCAGUUCAUGUGCCAGUGGUGCGGCAAAGACUUCAACAUGAAACAGUACUUUGACGAGCACAUGAAAACACACACAGGGGAGAAGCCUUUCAUCUGUGAGAUCUGCGGGAAGAGCUUCACCAGCCGGCCCAACAUGAAGCGUCACCGCCGCACCCACACAGGCGAGAAGCCAUAUCCCUGCGAGGUGUGCGGCCAGCGCUUCCGCUUCUCCAACAUGCUGAAAGCUCAUAAGGAGAAGUGCUUCCGGGUCACCAGCCCUGUGGUUCUACAGAGUGGUGGAGCCACAGUUCCGGUCCGUCUGUUUGCAAAUGCCUUCUCCUCUCCUGCCUCGUCCUCUUCUUCCCCCACCACCGUCCCCGGUCCCUCAGCUGCAACCCCGGCUACCACCUCGGCUUCUCUUGGCCUCAGCUCGACUGGAGGCCCCGUUCCGCAGCAAAGUCACAUUGGUCACACAUUUUCCCACGUUCAGCUCCACUCAGCUCCCUCCCAUCAUCAUUCCCAUCUCUCCAACACACCCCAACAGGCUCCUCCUCACAGCCAUCACCACCUGGUGGUUCCCCCCGUCGCUCACCUCCCCCCUCCUCCAGCUCUUUUUAAGAGUGAGCCCCUUAACCACUGUGGGCAUGAAGACAGUAGCUACCUGCACCACAUGGCCCCCCUGGAUAAGGCCCCUGGAGCGCCACAGCAUCACUGAACUGUGCACCGCUGUCUGCAGGCAGCACCAAACCGCGCCUUGCUUGUUGUCUUCUUAAAGCUCCGUUUCUCAGAUGGAGAAACCUGAAGCUACGCCUGCAGAGAGGGCUUAGCAUGAGCAGCACACUGGGAUUCAGCAGUAGUGAUCCAGUUUGUUCUACGCUGGAGGCUUUCAGCCGUCCCGCAGAGAUGUUGCAGACAGCAGUAGGUAUUCAAGUAGAAGCAUACAUCUUCAUCAGACAAUGGAGGUUUCCUGUUUUGCUUGUCAAGCAAACAUUAGAGAUUCAAACUUUUCUGACCCCCAUGCACACUAAGUGAGACAUCACUU